UUCAGCGACUUUACCGCUCGGCCGCUGGUGGGCCCUUAAUUCCUUCCUGGAGAGCUUGGAUUACUUUUGGUGAGGGGAAUAAAAGAAAUACAAGUGACGAAAAAACAAAUAAUAUAACAAAUAAAAUAUUAGGAAAACAGUUGAUUUAAAACAAAUGGAAUUCGAUGACAUCUUAAAAGAGGUUGGAGGUUAUGGACCAUACCAAAAGCAUUUAUUAUUUUUGACACUUGUGCCUUCAUUAUGCCUCAUUCCAUGGUUUUCAAUGGAUAUAUACUUUAUACUAUCUACUCCCGAUCACUGGUGUUUCGUACCUGUGGUCACAUCAUCUAAUUUAAGCCUGCAUCAACAGAAAGCUCUUAUCAGAGAACCAAGCAACCCAUCAUGUGCUAUGCACGACAUAAACUACACAGAAUAUCUAGAUUCUAAAACUCUCAAUAUUGUCAAUAAUUCAAGAUCUCGACUUUGUUUAAACGGCUGGCAGUACGAUAAAUCUUACUACGACUACACAGCGGCUAGUCAGUGGAAUAUGGUUUGCGACAACAGUCAUUAUGUUAGUUUUAUUUUUAUGCUUCAAAACGUUGGCAGCAUUUUCGGAAAUCCCGUAAGUGGAUAUAUUUCCGACAGGUUCGGAAGAAAAAUAGCGUUCACGGGAGUUGUUUGCUUGGCAGCUGUGACUGAAAUUUCUUCUAUAUUUGUGAAAGAUUUUAAAGUUUUCGCAGCUCUUAGAGCUGUAAAUGGAUGCAUCUUCCCAGCCAUGUUUAUGCUACCCUUGAUUACAGUUUUAGAGAUUGUGUCUCCAGAAAAACGUUCCUUCGUAAAUGGCGUACAGAACUGCUGUUGGACAUUUGGAAUGUGUCUUCUACCUGCCGUUGCUUACUUAUCAAGAAGUUGGGUGAACUUAAGUCUCGUCGUUUCUUCAGCAGUUCCUUUCCUUUUGCUGUGUUGGAGGUUUAUUCCUGAAUCUCCCCGCUGGUCUAUAUCUAGAGGAAAAUACGAUGAAGCAGUUACGGUCAUGAAAUUAAUUGCAGAAAAGAAUGGAAGAACAGUAGAUCCCAAUACACUGCUUGCAAAAUUACAGGCAUUAGAUAAAAAGCGCAAAGAAGAGAAGAAAGCAGGUCUGCAAAAUUCAGCCUCUGAUAUAUUAAAAGUACCCCAUAUGAGAAAGGUGUUCAUCUUCAUGACAAUUUGUUGGACAGCAAACUACCUAAUAUAUUAUGGCCUUCAGAUGAACAUAUAUAAUUUAAGCGGAAAUGAAUUUAUAAAUUUUUUCCUGCUGUCUUUGAUGGAAACACCAGGCAACUUGCUAAGUUGGUUUUUUAUGGAACGUUACGGAAGAAGAUUCACUAUUACUGCUGGUUUCAUUCUUGGAGGUCUUGUCUGUUUCUCAUGUAUGAUAGAAUAUCCUUACAGCGAUGUGGUCAUUUCGGUCAUCGGCAAGUGCAUUGCAUCUGGCACAUAUGUGGUAACCUAUCAGAGAAGUUCAGAACUUUGGCCAACUGUAGUCAGGUGCUUUGGAAUGAGUGCGACUAGUACAAUAGCCACAGCAAUUUCCCUAGCCACACCUUAUCUUAUAUAUUUUGGCAUGUAUAAAAAAACCAUUCCUUUCCUAAUAAUUGGAAGUUUCUGCAUGUUAGCUGGUGUCUUAUCCGCCUUUCUUCCUGAAACACUAAAUGAAAACUUGCCUCAGACUAUAAAUGACGCUAAGGAUUUCGGGAAGGAUCAGGAGUUUUUUUCAUUCAACAGAAGGAAGUCACAAAUAGUAGAAGAAAAACGAAUGCAAAUUUUUACACUGCAAACUUAAUUCUGCAAAAUAGUGUAACUGAAGAAACCAUGUUUGCUUUUCUACAGCACGAGUUAAAAUAUUAAAGUUUUUUUAAUGUUUUUAUACAAUUGAAGAAAAUCCAAAGCUCGGUGAGCUAAACUGAACCUCUUAUAUGAUGAAGAAAAAUAACAGAAUACUCUAGUCUAAAAGCUAUUCUACAAGCUAAAAUAUUUCAUACUUCAUGGAUUUAAAUUCUGACCUUAAAAUAAAAUAUUAUAAGUCUGAGAUAAAUGAAAUCAAAAUGGCAUCUUUUGCUGGUCUUAAAAUUUGAAAAUUAACGAGUGGAAACAGAUCAUUUUCUUUUUAACUGAUCAACAUUUAAUCCACAGAGCUCCCACUUUGCUAGCUUGGACACGUUAUCCAAGAUACAUGCGUAGUCUGUUAGUGUAAAUGUGAAGGAAAUCCAUACAGUUGAACUCGAUUAAUGUAUUCCUUGUUUUAGCCGGUGUUUAACAUAAGAAAGCUGGAAAGGAAUUUAACUUGUUUUUUAAUAACGGAAAUUUUAUAUAACCGAUAAUUAACAAAAUGUUAUUUAUAUUUAAAGGAAUAAGUUGUAAUACCUCGUUAUCAAUAGACUUUACAACCAUAUUUGUUUGUUGCAAGUUAGUUUUUCGGUAAUUUAAUUGUAAGAAUGGCCAAGUAAGAGGUCGAAUUGGUAACUUCCUUUGUGUUAGGAAAGGAAGUCUAAAAGUGAAAGGUGAAAAAGGAAGUCUUUUUCUUUAGAAUGCUUAAUAGCAGGAAAA